AUGAAUGCUCAAUUAAGAUCCUUGCACAAGCUCCUUGUUCAGUCGUCAAAGUGGUACGAUCGUCGUUUGCCAACGAGUAUAUCCAGAGCCAGUAGCAGCAACAGCAACAACCAGAGAACCUUGCAUUUCAUACCAUUGUCUCGUCAUGGGUCUCCACGCACCCCCAUCUACAAUUGGCGACAUAACACCACUUUACGUUCUAUGCACGGUCCACCACCUCCACCACCACGACCUCGUGAUCCACGUCGACUAGCGAGAUUGGAACAAAAUGCGAAUGCUGCAGCUGAUAAUCCUGCAAUUCAAGCAGAGUUAUACAAGGAAUUGCGGUUGGCAAGGAGACCCGAUCAGGUGAUUUCACGCUUUGAACGAGGGCGAUUUGCGCAUGAUGAAGAAUGCUACAAGCAAUAUAUUGCCGCACUUGUUGAAACGGGCCAACAACACAAAGUGAUCCCUGAUAUUAUGCAGCGUCUUGGUCGUCAAGGAGGAGAGAAAGCCGAGUUGGCAGAUGUGCUUGCUGGUGGUGGUUCACGUGGAGCUGCUGGUGAACUUGCUUCUGGACGUACUCAAAAAGAUCCUGUCUAUGUGGUGGUAGAAGAAGCACGUGGAUAUAUCAUGUGGCGGAUUUUACGCUGGUUGGGUGUUACGGUGACCUACGCAUUCUGCUUCUUGACAGUAUUAUCACUUGCCAUGGAGAACUCGGGUUUCUUGAAAACAACAACUGCACCACAGACUGAAUAUGAACCAUCAUCACAACAGGUGGUCAAGUUUAGCGAUGUUCAAGGAUGCGAUGAGGCAAAGCAGGAGCUGGAGGAACUUGUUCAAUUCCUAAAGAACCCACACAAGUUUACAGAAUUGGGAGGAAAGCUACCAAAGGGUGUACUAUUGACGGGUCCUCCAGGCACAGGAAAGACACUAUUGGCAAGAGCUGUGGCAGGUGAAGCAGGUGUCCCUUUCUUUUUCAUGAGCGGAAGUGAAUUUGACGAGAUGUAUGUUGGUGUGGGUGCAAGGCGUGUACGCGAUUUGUUUGCUGCUGCAAGACGCAAGGCACCCAGCAUUGUUUUUAUUGAUGAAAUUGACGCUAUUGGAUCCAAGCGGAAUCCAAAGGAUUCGACGUAUAUCAAGCAAACACUGAAUCAGCUCUUGGUGGAUUUGGAUGGAUUUUCACAAACAGAGGGAGUGAUCUUUAUUGCAGCAACCAACUUUCCUGAGCUUUUGGAUAAGGCAUUGGUGCGUCCUGGAAGAUUUGAUCGUAUGGUCAAUGUACCUUUACCUGAUGUACGCGGACGCAUGCAAAUUCUCAAGCAUCAUAUGAAAUCCGUUAUUGUCGCAUCCGAUGUGGACGUUUCGACGAUCGCACGUGGUACACCUGGUUUCAGUGGAGCAGAGCUUGCCAACCUUGUCAACAUUGCUGCUAUCCAAGCAAGUCGUGACAGUGUACGAGAGAUCCAAAUGCAGCAUCUUGAGUUUGCCAAGGAUAAGAUCAUUAUGGGUGCAGAGCGAAGAAGCGCUGUCAUUACCGAUGAGAGCAAAAAGUUGACAGCCUAUCAUGAAGGUGGCCAUGCCUUGGUCGCUUACUAUACGCCUGGAGCGAUGCCAUUGCAUAAAGCAACCAUUAUGCCACGAGGUCGAGCAUUGGGUAUGACAGUACAACUCCCGGAAAUGGAUAAGGAUUCAUUUUCAAGACGUGAAUAUCUUGCACAACUUGAUAUUUGUUUGGGAGGUCGAAUUGCAGAAGAGCUUAUCUUUGGUGAUGAAAACGUAACGAGUGGAGCACACAGCGAUAUCGUCAAGGCGACCGAGGUUGCUAAGCGUAUGGUGCGACAUUAUGGCAUGAGUGAAAGGAUUGGGCCUGUGGAUUACGACGAUGAAGCCAUGCAGUUUUUGAGCAGUGAUACCAAGCAGCUCAUUGAAGCAGAGAUCAAGUUGUUUGUGAUGGAAGCGGAGGGACGUGCACGUGAAGUCUUGACAAAACACAUGGAUGAAUUGCAUCGAUUAGCUAGUGCGCUCAUUGAGUAUGAAACGUUAACCCAAGAAGAGAUCAUUGACGUGAUCCAGAACAAACCCAUUCGUAAAUAG